GAUUCCAGAGCCGCGGCGGCUGCUUCAGCCGUGUGGGGAAACCGAAAGUGGGCGGCGGCCGCGGCUGUAGCCCUGGCGGAGACAGCGGUGGGAGCCGGGCCCAGAGGCGCGGGGACGGGCUGCGGGCCCGCAGAACGAGGUGAAGAUGCUGGAAGCAGAUCUGGUUUCAAAAAUGCUGCGAGCUGUUCUACAGUCUCAUAAGAACGGAAUAGCAUUACCCCGGCUCCAAGGAGAGUACAGAUCCUUAACUGGAGACUGGAUCCCCUUCAAGCAAUUAGGUUAUCCUACGCUAGAAGCCUAUCUGAGGAGUGUGCCAGCAGUUGUCAAGAUAGAGACUAGUAGAUCUGGAGAGAUUACCUGCUAUGCCAUGGCCUGCACAGAAACUGCAAGAAUUGCUCAGCUUGUGGCUCGUCAGAGGAGUUCUAAAAGGAAAACUGGUCGGCAAGUUAAUUGUCAGAUGAGAGUAAAGAAAACCAUGCCAUUUUUUCUAGAAGGAAAACCAAAAGCAACCCUCAGACAACCAGGAUUUUCUUCAGAUUUUUCUAUCAGCAAAAAACCUAAUCCAACACUGUUAAGAGACAAAGGAAACUCUCUUGGAAUUAAAUCUGUUGCCGAAAUGCCGCCUUACACAUUAUAUGCAACUAUUGGAAAUGAAGUAUUCAAAGAUGUUCCAGUGCAGAGGCAUGUGACCAUGUCUACCAACAACAGGUUUAGCCCAAAGGCAUCACUUUUGCCACCUUUUCAGAUGCAUCACUCAAGAACCUGUACUAAGGAAAUGAGUGAUAAUUUAAAUCAGGCUGUUGAAAAACCAAAUGUCACGCCUCCUGCCUCUUACACUUAUAAAAUGGAUGAGGUUCAAAACCGCAUAAAGGAAAUACUAAACAAGCAUAACAAUGGCAUUUGGAUAUCUAAGCUUCCACAUUUUUACAAAGAAUUAUAUAAAGAAGAACUUAAUCAAGGAAUUUUACAACAGUUUGAACACUGGCCUCAUAUUUGCACGGUGGAAAAACCUUGCAGUGGUGGUCAAGAUUUACUUGUUUAUCCAGCUAAGAGAAAGCAGCUUUUGAGAAGUGAACUGAACGCUGAAAAAGUGCCUCCAUCCCCACUACCUGCUCCAAAACAAAUACCACCACUCAAAGGGUGUCCAACAGUUAUGCCAGGAGACUUUAAAGAGAAAGUUGAGGAGCUGCUGGUGAAAUACUCAAGUGGUCUUUGGGCCAGCGCACUCCCAAAAGCAUUUGAGGACAUGUACAAAGUGAAAUUACCCGAGGAUGCCUUAAAAAAUCUUGCCUCGCUUUCCGAUGUAUGCACCAUAGACUACAUUUCUGGAAACCCCCAGAAGGCCAUUCUCUAUGCUAAACUUCCACCACCCACUGACAAAAUCCUAAAGGAUGCAGGGCAAGCACAUGGAGAUUAUGAUAUCAAGUCUGUGAUUGAACAAGAAUAUUUGCAGAUAGAAGGAAGCAUUACCAAAAGUGCUGAUACCUUUAUGGAGACUGUAACAAUUCCUCCGUUAAUCAUUCCAACUGAGGCAUCCCCAUCUGUAUUGGUGGUUGAACUGAGCAACACAAAUGAAGUGGUUAUCAGGUAUGUGGGCAGAGACUAUUCUGCUGCUCAGGAAUUAAUGGAAGAUGAGAUGAAGGAGUAUUACAGUAAGAACUCCAAGGUCACACCAGUCCAGACUGUGCAGAUUGGCCAGUUGCUGGCUGUAAAUGCUGAGGAGGAUGCUUGGUUACGGGCACAGGUCACCUCAACAGAAGAGAACAAAAUAAAGGUAUGCUAUGUUGACUAUGGUUUUAGUGAAAAUGUUGAAAAGAGCAAAGCAUACAAACUGAACCCGAAGUUCUGUUCACUGUCAUUCCAAGCUACAAAGUGUAAGCUCGCAGGGUUGGAAGUUCUAAGUGAUGAUCCUGAUUUAGUGAAGGUGGUUGAAUCUUUAACUUGUGGAAAGAUCUUUGCAGUGGAAAUACUUGAAAAAGCUGAUAUUCCACUGGUGGUUCUGUACGAUACCUCAGGAGAAGAUGACAUCAACAUCAAUGCCACCUGCUUAAAGGCCAUAUGUGACAAGUCACUAGAGGUUCACCUUCAGGUCGAUGCCAUGUACACAAAUGUCAGAGUGACUAAUAUUUGCUCCGACGGCACACUCUACUGCCAGGUGCCUUGUAAGGGUUUGAACAAGCUCAACGACCUUCUGCAUAAGAUAGAGGAAUACUUUCAUUGUAAGCACAUGACCUCUGAGUACUUCGUUUCAUUACCCUUCUGUGGGAAAAUCUGCCUCUUCCAUUGCAAAGGAAAAUGGUUACGAGUAGAGAUCACGAAUGUUCACAGCAGCCGGGCUCUUGAUGUUCAAUUCCUGGACUCUGGCACUGUGACGUCUGUGAAAGUGUCCGAGCUCAGGGAAAUUCCCCCUCGGUUUCUCCAAGAAAUGAUUGCAGUACCACCUCAGGCUAUAAAGUGCUGUUUAGCAGAUCUUCCACAGUCUAUUGGCAUGUGGACACCAGAUGCUGUGCUUUGGCUAAGAGAUUCUGUUUUGAAUUGCUCAGAUUGUAGCAUUAAGGUUACAAAAGUGGAUGAAACCAGAGGGAUCGCACAUAUUUAUUUAUUUACCCCCAAGAACUUCCCCGAUCCUCACCGCAGUAUCAAUCGCCAGAUUACAAACGCAGACUUGUGGAAGCAUCAGAAGGAUGUGUUUCUGAGUGCCAUAUCCAGUGGAGCUAGCUCCCCCAACAGCAAAAGUGCGAACACCCCCAUUUUGGGCAACACUGGAGAGAAUUUCAGAAAGAGCCUCUCGGAUAUCCUCAGAAAGUCGUUGGUAGACCACACCAGCUCUUUCUCCAUGGAGGAACUGCCACCUCCUGCCCACUUGUCCAAGCCAGGGGAACACAUGGAUGUGUACGUGCCAGUGGCCUGUCACCCGGGCUACUUUGUCGUCCAGCCGUGGCAAGAGAUACAUAAGCUGGAAGUUCUGAUGGAAGAGAUGAUUCUCUAUUACAGUAUGUCUGAGGAGCGCCAUGUGGCAGUGGAGAAAGACCAAGUGUAUGCUGCAAAAGUGGAAAAUAAGUGGUACAGGGUGCUUUUAAAAGGAAUCCUGACCAAUGGACUGGUGUCCGUGUAUGAGCUGGACUAUGGCAAGCACGAAUUAGUCAACAUAAGAAAAGUGCAGCCCCUGCUGGACGUGUUCCGAAAGCUGCCGUUUCAAGCAGUCACAGCUCAACUAGCAGGAGUGAAGUGCAGCCAGUGGUCUGAGGAGGCUUCGAUGGUGUUUCGAAAUCAUGUGGAGAAGAAACCUCUGGUGGCAUUGGUGCAGACAGUUAUAGAAAACACUAACCCUUGGGACCGGAAAGUAGUGGUCUAUUUAGUGGACACAUCACUGCCAGACACAGAUAUCUGGAUUCAUGAUUUUAUGUCAGAGUAUCUGGUAGAGCUUUCAAAAGUCAAUUAAUCGCUGCUUCUGAGACCUUGACAACUAAUUCAGAUUUUUUUAGCAAUAACAAAAUGUAGUAGGCUUUAAAAAAAAAAAAAUCUUACCUCUGCUACAUGGCUCCGACUGCUGUGCGGGAUUGAAAAGAAUAUGCUUGGGUUUGAUGAAAGAUAUUUAACAAGUUUUGUUUUAACAGAGUUGACUUUUCAAAGAGAAUUGCACUUGAAUUAUUACUAUAAUAUUAGAAUAAAGAUGUUUAUCAGUUCAAAAACUGACUAUCUUAUCAUUUCUAGGCUUUAUGAUCUUAAGGUGAAGAGUUUCCCUUUCUAUUCAUGUUGUCUUCCUAGUGGUGCUCGCUUCUUCUCCAGUUAGACUGAGAAUUCCGUGACUUAACCCUACCCUGGAGUAGUGGUGGGUCCCAAAGCAGGUGGUCACCACACCAUGUGAAGUCUCUCCCGAGUCUUUAGCCCACCAGCAUUGCUAGUGGUGCUGCUGGAGGAACAGCCCAGGCAAACCAGCACGUCCUGAUCACCCCAGAUCACCCCAAAUCUUGAGUGGCUUAUUGCCCAGAGAGUCUGGACUGAAAAUGCAGGCCUUUACAGUCUCCCUGCCCAACCUCCCUGUCUACUACUCCUUGCGCCAGCCACACUGGACCUUCCCAAACCCCAUGCAUGUUCAUCUAGGACUACUCGUACUCUAAAGGAAGCCCCACUUCCCUCCAGACCACUCUUAUUCUUUUCCCUCAGCCUGCAGCUCAUUUUCUCCCCACCAUUUUUCUUUGUCAGUAUCCUCCCUGACCUCCCAGGCUGUCCAUGAAGCCUUCCCUGGUGCCCCUCCUACUGCACU